GAAAUAAAACUACCAACUUCCGGAUAGCUAAACGACGUCGCAUAACAUCCAUAAUUAAAGUAAAAAAAAAAAAAAAUUCACAAACACCAUUUUUUUCAACAUUCCUACACAAUUGAAGCAUUAUUGUCAUCGUCAAUGACAAAUUUGACGUCACCGAUCAUAAUCACAUCACCAACAUAAGAUCCUAAGUUUACUUUCCUCGGAUUUCUCGCAUUCAUUUCGUCAAUUAUGGGGAAGAAGAAAACAAUGUUACCGGCUACUGAAGUUGAUUUAACCACUGUCAAGUAUGAUCCCGGAGAAAUUGAAGCUCCUUAUAUAAAUGGGUUUUGGCUGAAGUUGUUUGUAAAGUUAGUUGAAAUGCCUUUACUUGGCUCUUUGAUCAUUGAUCAGUUGAAGAAACAGAACAAAAUGAAUGAGAUGUUGAGAGAAACUGUGAUACCAGAACCACCUAUGUUCAGACCUGAGUUCCCUCCUCAAGAACCAGAACCCGGGGUGGUUUUUCUCAAAGAAGAUGGAAAAUCUGAAGACCGAGUUGACUCAGCCAUUAGAUGUCUUCCUCAAUACGAUCCAGAUAGCAAUCAUGGUUCUGACUCGAGUCCAUUCCGCUACUGGAAAAUUCGUGAUUAUGCAUAUUCUUAUAGACAAAGGCUUACAACCCCAUCAACUGUGGCGGAACAUGUCAUCUCCGCAAUUGAAGAGUUCAGCCAUAAGAAACCCCCAACGCCUCUAUUGAUUUCCUUUGAUCCCGAAGAUGUAAGAAAGCAAGCAGCAGCUUCUACACGACGGUUUGAGGAAGGAAAGCCGUUGUCGAUAUUAGAUGGUAUCUUUGUGGCAAUCAAGGAUGAUAUAGAUUGUUAUCCCCAUCCAUCUAACGGUGGAACUACAUGGCUACACGAGGUAAGAAAUGUUAAGGAAGAUGCGGUUUCUGUAUCAAGGUUAAGAAGCUGCGGGGCAAUAUUGGUCGGUAAAGCCAAUAUGCAUGAAUUGGGCAUGGGAACUACCGGAGUUAAUCCAAACUACGGAACUGCUAGAAAUCCACAUGAUUUGGAAAGAUACACAGGUGGAUCUUCAUCGGGUCCCGCAGCUAUCGUAGCUUCUGGAAUAUGUUCAGCUGCAUUGGGAACAGACGGUGGAGGGUCAGUUCGUAUUCCUUCUUCCCUUUGUGGUGUCGUGGGAUUGAAAACAACAUAUGGACGUACAGACAUUAGAGGUUCUUUAUGUGAUGGAGGGACUGUAGAAAUUGUCGGUCCGAUUACAUCCAGUGUUGAAGACAUCAUACUGGUCUAUGCAGCAAUCUUAGGAUCCUCUCCUUCUGACAAAAUCAGUCUGCAUCCCUCUGUCCCUUGUUUGCCUGAUCUAUCAUCACAUGAGAAUUCGAGUAUUUUGGGUUCAUUGCGGUUAGGAAAGUACACAGAGUGGUUUAAUGAUGUUUUCUCACCGGAUAUCUCAAACAAAUGUGAAGACGCUCUUAAUAUGUUCUCAGAAACUCAUGGUUGCAAAAUAUUAGAGAUUGUGAUACCUGAGCUUAACGAGAUGCGAACGGCACACGUUGUAUCGAUUGGUUCUGAAGCAGCAACCUCAAUGAGUCCUGAUCUUCAGGAUGGAAAGGGUGGGAGACUCACUUUGGAUUCGCGCAUUAAUUUUCCACUUUUCAACUCAUUCUCGGCUUCAGACUAUGUUGCUGCCCAACGUCUCAGGCGGAGAAUUAUGUACUAUCACAUGGAAAUUUUCAAGAACGUUGAUGUCAUAGUUACUCCAACGACCGGCAUGACAGCUCCUGUAAUUCCCAAAGGUGCACUUAAGUAUGGCGAGUCAGAUAUGAAAGUUACAGGCAAUUUGAUGCGAUUUAUCAUAGCGGCAAAUCUUCUUGGAUUCCCAGCUAUUUCUGUUCCUGUUGGUUACGAUAAGCAAGGGCUUCCGAUAGGAUUGCAGAUUAUAGGCCGUCCCUGGGCCGAAGCUACAAUCUUGCGUUUGGCUGCUGCAUUUGAGGGACUACGUGUGGAGACAAAGCAGCCUGCAUCGUAUUUCGACAUUCUAAAAAGAAACUGAGAUGCAGCCUACAUGGAGGCUUAUAGAUUCUUGUUGGAAACAUUGUUGUCUAUUAUUUGAACAACAUUAUCCUUCUUGGCUACAUUGAAAACUAAGACAUACACGUCAUUGUUCCUUUUGGUUGUCUCAUAUUAUCUUGUUGAUAUGAUACAGCAUGUUAAUCA